AUGCCUUCUGCCCUGUAUCCCCAGAUUCCCACUUCAGAUUCGUUGUAUAGGGGCGAUUCCACUCAUCCCGAUUCCUACCCUAGUUUCCAUCCACCACCUAAGCGAAAAAGCUCAAAUGGCGCUCACUGCUAUGCCAAACCUAAGAAACAGGCAUUCUCUCCCGCCUAUAGCUCACCAUCACUGCUCAUACCACCGGCACCAUCGCACUCCUCGGUUUCCACAAACCUGGCUCGUACCACUUCCUUGAAAGGGAAGGAAAAGGCAAACUGCACUGACUCGGCCUUCUCCUCCCAAUACUUGCUCCAUGGAUGCAUCGUCACCCUUUCUGCAGGACUUGCUGUUAAGCAUGUUGUCUCUCCGUUCAACCUCUGCGUGGUUCGUGUACGUGGACUUUCUGCCAACGCUACGCGGAAAGACGUAAACGACUUGCUGGCUUUGCAUGGUAUAGACCCCGUCCAUUUUUUCAUCAAGAAAAUUGAUCGGGACGCGGAUCAAGUUGACGUUGAGCUCCUCAUGGAUGCCGCGAAGAAACCCUGCCUUUCCUGCCUUACACACUCUGACCCCAUACUACGUGUCUUUGUCGAGCCAUACAUUCCUCCCGGCAGCUUGCUCCCUACAGCUCAAUCCCAGCCAAACACCCUACUCGUCUCCUGGCCAGCUCCUUGUGUGGAUUACACUGUCAACUAUCUCGAUGAGGACGACGCCUCGGCGCAGAUCAAAGUCGAUGAGCUAGACGGCAAAAGGUGCGCUGGUCGACCGGUGCGUGUUCGGCUCAACACUCUGCCUCCUGGCACGCGCGAGCCUCCGCUUCACUGGCGCGCGAACUCUAUCAUCAUUACCGAUGUCCCACUAUGGGCCAAGGAUGAGGAUGUCCGACUGUUUUCAGGGUCACCGUUCGUACGCCGCUCGGAAGGGAGGUUGUUCGAUGCUGAGGCAGCCGUACGCUGGAUGGAGCGCGACAUUAGGUGGUCAUCUCGGGGGGAGUUUGAGUACACACGGCUUUCCGAAGGGGCGGACCCGAUCGACGGCACCGUUCGCGUUCAAGCGACAUUCAGGACCUUGGAGGAGGCGAAGCUUGCCAAGGCGCAGCUGGAGAGGAAGUCAUGCGACUAUAUUGCACGCGGGAAGCGCGAGGUGAGGAUGCCAGAUCCGUACGAGUAUGGGGCGGAUAUAACGGCCGACGAGGACACCAUUGCGCAGUUGGCAGCUCUCUGUGAUAUCACUGCUGCUAGGCGGCAAGGUGGAUGCAACGCAUGGAUGGAGCAUACAACUUCGGGUGCCCGGAUUCACAUCUCCGGCUCUAAACAGGCGGCUGUCGGCGCCUUGAAGGUGCGAGUCGAGGAGCUUGUCCAGGGAGAUCGGCGUAAAUGCAACUGGAGCUCGGAGAGCGACGAUGAAGAUCAGCUCCAUUUUUCAGCUCCCAGCACCAGGAGCUCGAAUGCUUCGUCCGGCGAUUGCCUAUCUAGCUGCCCUAUUUGUCUAGACGUCAUUUCCGCUCCCGUCUUCCUUGAAUGCGGUCACGCGUACUGCCGUGGAUGCCUUGAGCACUUCCUUUCUGUCGCCGCCUCUUCUCCUUCCGCCGACAAUGGCCAGCAAAUGUUCCCUUUACAGUGUGCACAUUGCAAAGCUUCCAUUCCCUUGCCCCAGAUCGCUUCAUUCCUCACUUCCACGCAAUUCGAGUUUCUUCAGAAGAGCGCGUUUGAUUCCUACUUGGCUCAGCAUCCCAAGGAGCUCAGGUGGUGCCCUACGCCAGGUUGUUCCCAGAUUUACAGCUUUUCUUCCAGCGACGAGUCUGGAUCGAAGAAGGAUGAGCAUGCUCAGUGUCCCUCCUGUUUCUCUCGCGUUUGCACGACCUACAAGGCAGCUGUCCAGCCGGAAGUCGAAGAGCGGGAGACUAACACAUGGGUUUCUCGGCAGUCUGGCCGCGUCGCGCCGUGUCCCUCAUGCGGUGUGCUCAUCGAGAAGGGUGAAGGAUGCAACCACGUUGCUUGUCGAUGCGGGACGCAUAUCUGUUGGAAGUGCUUGCAGACGUUCGACAGUAAGGACGUGUACAAGCAUAUGAACGCGGCGCAUGGUGGCAUCGGGAUGCCUGAACCGAUGCCUCCUGUCGAUAUUGCAGAGCAACAGGUGCUGCUUAGACAAGCUGAGGAGAGGCGUCGUCAGCAACGCGAUCAGGAGCAACGGGAACGGCAACAACGGGAACGGGAACGGGAACAGCAGCAACAACAACAUUCCCUUCAUCAUCCCCAUUCGCUCCGCCCACCCCAGCCUCGCCGUCAGGAUCAGCACAGGUGGGCAAUGGAUGUGGAAAUGGAGAUGGCUAUGCCGCCGGUCGCGUUCCUUAACGGUUAUGGACCGGUCAACGCUCAGGAGCUCGCAGAGCUUCGGGCUCGGGAGCAGAGACUGCAAAGGGAAGCCGAAAGGGAGGCGCGCCUCGCUCGCAUGCAGCGCGGAGGUCAGCGACCCGUGACAUGGGGAGGGUUUCCAAAUCACGUUCAGGAUAUGAUUGCAGUGAUACAGCAGCGCGAUGAGCAGGACCUGAUGCGCCGUGCCCAGGACGACCGAGGGUGCGCCAUCAUGUGAACGUUAUCGGUGCUAUACAAGGGAACUUUCAGAGGGACUUCAGUGACUUCGUUUUUUGAACCUUCCUAAAGUUAUGUUGCGGCUCUCUUGUAGGGACCUCCCCAUAGAUGUCUUAUCAUGUUAUAUGCCUUGUAAGUAUCUUAAAUAUACAGUACUCACAAAUAAUCA